AUGAGGAAGCCUCAUUACUUUAGGCAAGUUGUCAUGCGUAGCCAGUCCGUGGGAAAGGAUCUCAUGCCAGGAAAUGUGGAAGAAAUAUUGCUGCAUCCUCAGACUGAGAAACUGGCUCGUCCUAUGGGAAAUGGGAACCAUAACAUCAAGGUUAAGUCUUUGGGAUUAUUUUAUCCCAACAAAUGGAAAGAUCAGAUUCAGAGAAGAUGGAGAGGAUAUAGGAUUCGGAAAUACUGCUUCAGUUAUUAUUAUCUGAAAGAGUAUUUGAGAACUGUUACAAAGGCCAAUGAUGAAAUGAGGGAGAGACUGGAAGAGUUUGCAGAGAUGAAAGAAAGAGAAGAGAAGAAAGAGAUCCUGGAAAGGGAAAAGAAGGAAAGAGAUUAUCAAGCUCGAAAAACGCAUUACCUCCUCAGCACCAAGCAGAUCCCUGGAAUAUAUAAUUCGCCAUUCAGAAAAGAGCCUGACCCAUGGGAGUUGCUGUUACAAGAGGCAAAGCCUUUAAGCCACAAAAGACCUGCAGCAGCGCAGAAGCACACCAUAGACCUUGACAACUGGAUAGCUUGCACAAGUGCUCGCUCUUUCCCUCGGUCUGACGUUCUGCCACCCAUUCAUGGGAAGAAAUAUCAGGGGCCCUUCCGUGAUAUGGCUGAAGUAUCGCAGCAACGCUACAAGCCUUUGGAGCCAACCUUGCGGGUGGCAGAACCAAUCGAUGAGUUAAAGAAGGCCCAAGAGGCAUUCAAAAGAGAGCAAUGGAUACACAAUGUAAAUGAUAAGAAGUGA